GUGAAAAGGGGGUUUUGCCCUAAUUUUGCCCUAAUUGGCUUUCCUCUGAAACAGUAAUCUUCAGAACCCAAGCCCCAAUUUCUUUUGAAGUCUUUAAUCCUAACCCUAGGGUUGUCCUUCAACCAUUGGUUAAGAGAAAACGUAAGCAGUGGAUCCCUCCUCCUCCUUCUCUCCCACCAUUUUCACUCUGCAGAUGUCGUCCCUCUGCAACGCUGCACAUACCUGAAGCUGCCCACAAGGUGGGGAGCAAGAAAUGAGGUUGGAGGGGGGAAAAGAGAGAGAGGGGAGAGAUUGGAGGGAAAGAGCUUACAUCUCGUCGGCAAGAUGUUGGGUGUUCGGGAAACAGUCAAUCUAUUAUGAGGGGAUCACGGAAUUUUAAGAUUCGAAUGGUUUUUUCAGGAUUUCCGGGCCACCCUUGUGAAGGAAACGACUCUAUUUGUUGGAUUCUGAAGCAGUACUUGUUGCUCGAGAAGUGGGUUUCUUCACCACUAUGUGUUAUUUCCAUGGGUUUGAUGGAGGCUGAGGAAAUGGGUGGUGAUUGAUCAGAUCUGCGCAUGUGAGUAUUAUUUUGGAGGCCUAGCUUUUUUUUCUUGGGGUUUGUUGGAUUCACUGGAAGGAUGGGAAUUCCGGAGGGCGAGGCGGUGGAUUGUGGCGUGGGCACCAUAGUUUGGGUGAGGAGAAGAAAUGGGUCGUGGUGGCCUGGAAGGAUCCUGGGACAGGACGAGCUCUCGGCGACGCAUUUGAUGUCACCGAGGUCGGGGACUCCGGUUAAGCUUCUUGGGAGAGAAGAUGCGAGCGUGGACUGGUACAAUCUUGAGAAAUCCAAGCGUGUAAAGGCAUUUCGAUGUGGUGAAUUUGAUGACUGCAUUAGAAAGGCUGAAUCUUCACAGGGCCUUCCUCCAAAGAAAAGAGAAAAAUAUGCCCGUCGAGAAGAUGCUAUCCUUCAUGCUCUUGAGCUUGAAAAGCUGCAACUUGAGCGGAGGCCACAGAAAUAUCCUGGUGUCUCUAUGUCCGAGAAGAGGAUUUCCAUGAAAAAGGACUUGGAGCACUCUUUCUCUCUUAGGGAAGAGGAUUGUAGAGUUACAGCUAGAUAUAUGAAUAUAAAGUCACAAUCCCUUUCUAGAAAGGUGGGGACUUCUCUUAACAAUGAAUACAGAUCUCCUUUAGCCACACACAAGCUUAAACAGGCAAACCAAUUGCACUGGGAAGAUGAUAAUGCUGAAACCAUGCCUCGUAUGAGAGGCCUUCAAGACUUUGGCCUUAAGAUUGCGCCAUCAAAGAGAGCAAAUUCUACAUUUGCAGCAUAUGACGGUAACAGAAAAGCUUCUCUAUCUCAAAAUUUCAUUCAUUCUAUAUCCCCCACUAUUCGUGGUGCUGGAAUUGCAAAUCAGAUAAGCAGCAAGAGAAGUCCUCUUACCACAAAAAAGAAGCGUUCACUUGGUGGCUUGAGCGAAGAAUCUCUUGUUAAAAGACGUGACAGGCGACGUACUCUUGUCCAGGUAUUGCAAAGUAGUGCAAAACUACCAGCCAGUCAAUCGUCAUUAUCUGAUGUUGUGAGUCUGCCUAUUUUGAGGCCAGAAGAAGCAGCAGAGAUGAGUGCUUUGGCCUCCUCAGCAGGUGGAAAAAUCCCAUCAUAUACUAGUAUGGACAGCAAAUCAUAUUUUCCAGAUCAAACACAGGCAUCAGAUCCACAGUUUGGCAUGGAUAAAUCUCUUAUCUAUCCCAGUUCAUUAACAGAGGACGGGUUGAUGGAUGAUGGAGAAUCAGAUUCUUGUGAACGAGAGGAUGAUGGCAUUGAGGAGGAUCCUGCAGUUCUGUCAGAUACCUCUCAAGUGCUACCUGUUCCUGGAUCCAGAAACCAUGGCAGAUAUGUUGGAUAUGGUUCCUCUGCUUUUCGAGUUAGAGGUCAUCCUGCAAAAAUGAGUGCUGAGGAUCUAGAUGAUUCAGGAUAUUCACGUUAUGGAUCUUCCUCACAUCGUUUCGAGCAACAUGCAGCCAAUGGCGUGGAUGGUGUGUCCAAAUGGCAGCUAAAAGGAAAACGCAAUACGCGUAAUCUAGGCAAAAGGCAUAUGGAUAUAGCUGAUGAAGAUUUCUAUGAAGCAGAGGAAAGUGUAAUGAGUAUGAAUUCAAGACCUUGGAUAUCUCAGGAAGCUUUAGGGGGAUACUGGGAAGAAUCUGAUGAGUGCUUUGAUCCAAGACUUUAUGCAUCUGAGCUUGAUCCAAUGUAUGGCAAUGAAUAUGGUCAAGAUGGUACCUUCGAAUCCAUGCUAGUCAAUGUUGACCUUAAGGUCCAAGCUAGUUACCAAGGUGAGCAUGUCCCCCUAGUUUCUUUGAUGAGCAGACUGAAUGGAAAGGCAAUAAUUGGGCAUCCAGUGCAAGUAGAAAUAUUGGAGGAUGGUUCUUCUGAGUUGCUUCUUGCUGAUUCUGGUUUCCGUGAUGAUUCCAGUGAGAAAAAUGAAAGCACACCAGUUCCACCUGUCUGGAGGACAGCAAGACGAACAGCAAUGCAGCGGGUACCAAGGUCUCAGCCUUGUGCACAGGAGAAUGAAGAGAGCUUGAUACAAUGCUCACCUGUUGAGUGCCAACCUCCAGUAAAAAAGCUGAACUCUGGAAGCACUAGUCACAAGAGUGGGUCAAGGAAAAGCUCGAAGCAUGCUAGCCGCAGUAAGAGGUUGUCAAAGAAGCUUUUGAAAAAAGCCUCAUUGUCUAACAAGAAAACUAGGACACUUUCUUCCUUUUCUUCUGAACAGAAAGCUGGUAAGAAUGGAAAAUUGGAUGAGUCAGUAGGUCGAGUAACAACCAUCCCCGUGAAAGCUGUUUUUGAUAGGUUAAAAGAUUCCUUCACCGUGCCUUCUGCUCAUGCAUCUGCUAAGAAGGAUUUGACAACAGAACCUGAUGGACAGAAAAGUAUAGCAGAUUCAUAGUCUUUAUCCUUCUAGAUUCCUAGCCUGCAGGUUAUGUGGCUGCUAGUAUAUGAUGGAGGUCUAUUCAGAGUGCAGUCAGUCUCCCACUUGGGGUGAAACAGAUGCAUAACUCCCACGCCGUCCUGUCUAGGCAAACUUUUGGUUGAUUAACCACUUUGGAGGGGAAUUCUUCCAUGUCUUAAGCAUAAUUGCUCGUGUAUUUCUGUUGUGGCUUAGGAAGAGUAUCAGUAAUUUAAUCCAUUUGCAUAAGCCUGAAGGUGGAGUCUCCUGCCAUGGCAGGUCGGUCUCUGCAUUUGUUAGCUACAAAACCUUUCUGUAUAGUACUCGAUGAACAUUGAGGGAGGGUCCAAGAUCAAUUUUUUACGUGGAUUGUGGACUAACUGUCUCCUUGUAAAUUACUUCAAACUUUUUUAGCAUGUUGAUCUAAUCUAAUUGUGCUUCCAGUGCUGAGUGAGUUGGCAGGAUUUUAUCAUGCCACAUUGGGGGGAAAAA